GCAUGCUGGACCACAUCUGUAGAGGCGAGACCCGACUUCCGCGCUGUGUUGGAGGAGCUCAACAGAGAAGCUGUGCAGGAACGGGAGAAGAGGGCGUCUGGCAAUCUGCUUAGUCAUUGGAUGUUGCGGACCGCUGAAGGUGCGGCCCUCGUGGAUCAGUACUUGAACGAGUGCGCAGUUAGUGGAGCAGUACGGUGCACUGUUGCAUUUCGCCGUUUUCGCUUUGAUUCCUGCCGUAGUGGCAUUGACACUAGCACCUGCAAGGUUCAUGUUGGUGAAUGUUGUCGUGGGGAGUAUUGA